AGUGAACGACUAACACCCAAGCUCGUGUCACUUGUGGGCGCUUCACGAGGACUUUGUUUGUUUGUUUUUCUCUUCAAAGAAAGGCGGGAAAACGACAUUGCGAGCCUCCAUCCCACUUUUUAGCGUUGGAGGUCGCUGAAGGCAUCACCACACCUCCCGAAGAUCCCCCCCCCCUCCCCCCGUGUGUCAAACCGUGAGUCUUCUUUGUCUUUCUUUCAUUGGGUCCCGCUCUUGUGUUUGUGUGUGUGUUCUGCAUUCCCCCAAUGGCGUCCUACGCUCCCGGCGACCGCGUGUGGGUGUACAUCGAAGGCGACGGCUGGUGGCCGGCGCGUGUGCUGAGCGACGAGGAAAUCGGCGCCCGCACCCCCGGCCAGGACAUCGCCGUUCACUUCUACGCCGGCAUCGACACCCCCGCGUCGCUCUACGAGCUGAACAGCCACAGCGAAGCGGCCCACAUCUGCUUCUUCGAAACCUCGUCGGAGAAGGCGGUGACCAGCAGUGCGGAGCUGGAGGCUUCCAUCCGCCACGCUGCGGAGGAUGCGACGGCGAACCCGCUCAAGUCUGACAGCGCCAUCUCGGCCUCCGCAGCAGUCGCGGCAGCUGCAGCGACAACGGGCGCAGGUGGGGCACCCGGAGGCGCCUCCACUAUCGACCCCACAGCUGCCGUGACGCGUGCUGCUGCGAAGCGGAUGCGAGAGAUGGACGACGUCGACAUGGCAGGCUCCAGCGGAGACGGCGGUGCUGCUGCCGCUACCAUGUCCGAUGCGGGCUUCCGUCACCUGCGCACCGACGACCUCCACCGCCUUUCUGAGAAGAUCGCAGCGGCGGUGGAGGCCCACAGCCUAACGAAGGUGCGUGCCGCACUGUGCCAGCUCGACGGCGUCGACGUGUACCUGACGGAACUGGAGGAGACGAAGAUUGGCAUCGCGGUGGGGUCCGUGCUGAGCCAGCCAUCCCUGAAGCCGCUGUGGCCACUGGCGCGGGCCAUCGUUUCGUUUUGGUCGCGGCACCUGCCGGCCGAGACGCUCGCGGCCAUCCGCACUGUGAAGCAGCAGGACAUCUCGGCCACCGGCAAGAGCGGUGUUGAGCCCGGCUCGCCGAACGAGCCCUCCAGCCCGGUGGGUGCGACGCAGAGUCCGCUGCGGAAGGCGCCGGCGCCCGGCUCGCCUGGCGUGGCCGGUGGUGGAAGCGCGUUCGACCACGUUGGCUCGCCGUCCGCCGCAAACGAAGGCACCCCGCUGCCGCCGAAGAGCAGCUCGUUUCUUCGCCACGUGCGUCAACGCCUCGACAACCCCGACAACAGCGUGCGUUACGACGACGCCGUGGUGGAGGAGGUGGCCCGCCGCAUCGCCGCCGACAUCACCGACUUCGACGACCGUCAGCUGCUCCUCGUGCGUCUGGGUGAGCCGGAUAUGGAGUUCCUGCGCAUGAAGCUGCUGUCGGGGGAGUGGACCCCCAGGAAGUACCUGGAGCAGCCGAAUGAGAUCUUCCUGACGGAGAAGCAGAAGUCGGAGGAGGCGCAGCGCGUGGCGAACAAGAUGAAGGCGAUCGAGGCCGCCGCCAACGCCGGGGUCAACCUGACGCACCUCUUCAAGUGCGAGCGGUGCGGCAAGCGGGACUGUACGUUUUACGAGCUACAGAUCCGCGGCGCUGAUGAGCCGACGACGAAGUAUAUUACGUGCCUUAAUUGCAAGAACUCGUGGUCGCAGGAGUAG